AUGGCCAUUCACCGAUUCGACCCCAAUUUCACCAACAAUGUCGUGAACGCGAUGGGCCCCAAGACCUCCCCUCGCCUCCGCCAACUCAUGACUGGUCUAAUUCAUCAUGUUCACGACUUUGCUCGCGAGAAUGAAUUGACUGUGGACGAGUGGAUGCAGGGUGUCCAGCUGCUCAACUGGGCUGGACGGAUGAGCGACGAUAAGCGUAAUGAGGGACAACUUGUUUGCGAUGUUAUUGGUUUGGAAUCUCUUGUCGAUGAAAUCACCUUCAAGCUCGCCGACGAGGCCGCAGAUGCUCCUACCGCAACCGCUAUCCUGGGUCCCUUCUUCCGUGCAGACACACCGUACCGCAACAAUGGCGAUGACAUCGUCGUGAACAAGCCAAAGGAUGGAGAGAUGGUCUUUAUGCAUGGUCAAGUAAUGGACUUUAGCACCAAGAAACCCCUCGUGGGAGCUACCGUCGAGGUGUGGCAGGCGUCGACAAAUGGUCUAUACGAGCAGCAGGAUCCGGAACAGACGGAGUUUAACCUCCGGGGUAAAUUCAAGACUGACGAAAAUGGCCGAUACUACUUUUACUGCUUGCGCCCGACUCCUUACCCUGUUCCCGAUGAUGGUCCCGCGGGUAAGCUGCUGCAACUCAUGGACCGACACCCUUUUAGACCUGCCCAUAUUCACAUUCUUGCCACCUACGACGGCCACAAGCCUCUGACUACUCAAAUCUUCGACCGCAAGGACCAAUACCUCGAAAACGACUCCGUAUUCGCCGUCAAGGAUUCAUUGGUUGUGGACUUUGUCCCCCGUAAGGACGACCCUCAAGCUGGUCUUGAGCUCAACUACGAUGUCAAGUUGGUCCCCGAGGCAAAGACCAACGGUGCUUGA